AUGAUAAUACCGGAAGACAUAGGGCAACAGCCAGAGAUACCAAAAAUUGAGAUACCCAGUUUUUAUGCAAACAAAAGAAUAAUUGGGUUAUCAACUAUCAUACAAGAAUUAGCUAACAACUAUCUACAAGGAAAUGCUAUAUGGAGCUAUUAUUCAAGAGAUCAUUUAAUGAUAUAUGCCAAUUCACGAGAGAUAAGACAAACAGAUAUGGAGGAAGUCCAGAAAUGGAUUUUAUCCUUAUUAAAACCAGAAGCUACUCCAACAACUAGAGCACUAAAACAAGGAUUCAUCUCCGAAGAACUAAUGACAAGAUAUUGCAAGCUAAUUGGUCACAAAUAUCCAGACCAUAUAUGUUCCAAGUGCAACCAAGGUGAUGACAUAAUCCCAGACGUACAACUGGAGUAA